AUCUUCAAUGUAUUAUUUUUUUCAGUUCCCAUAACAGCCAGCUAUGAAUUUGUCAAACCCUUGGAUCAACAAUUCAAUAAUUUCAAUCAAACCCAUGUUAAAUUCUCCCUAUUAUAACAAACCCACGCAAUGUCUCACUAAAUUUCAAAACGUUUGCUUAAAUAAACACGUAAAAUAAUGAUGUAUUCACAUGCCAUGCCAUCUUUAUCGUCGUCUUCUUCCUUUUAACUUAUAAAUUUAUAACUCUUUUUUCAAGCUUUUCCCAGAUCCCAAAAGUAUCUUUUAACUCAGAUUCAAUUCAAAGAAAUUCUCUAUAUUCUGAUUUUUCAUCCAUGGCGUCUCUGAAUUUGAGCCACAUCAGAGGGGACUCUGCCUUUGCUGAGUUCCCUUUAACUCGUCUGGUUCGACCCAGUUUGAGUUUACCCGCUGGCCGAGUUGGGUUCAGAGUGUUGGGUCAAGCUCAGGCUUCCUCAGAACCGGAUUUGAGUGUUAAAGUAAAUGGACUUCAAAUGCCCAAUCCGUUUGUUAUCGGGUCGGGGCCUCCUGGAACCAACUAUACUGUCAUGAAGAGAGCCUUUGAUGAAGGCUGGGGCGCCGUGAUCGCAAAAACUGUUUCAUUAGAUGCAGCAAAGGUUAUAAAUGUAACGCCAAGAUAUGCCCGCUUGAGAGCGGACGCCAAUGGCUCUGCCAAAGGGCAGAUUAUUGGGUGGGAAAACAUAGAACUGAUAAGUGACCGGCCACUCGAAACAAUGCUGAAAGAAUUCAAGCAAUUGAAGGAAGAGUAUCCGGAUAGGAUUCUCGUUGCUUCAAUUAUGGAGGAGUAUAACAAGGCUGCUUGGGAGGAGCUAAUUGAUCGAGUCGAGCAAACAGGAAUUGAUGCUAUUGAAGUUAAUUUCUCGUGCCCUCAUGGAAUGCCGGAGCGAAAAAUGGGGGCGGCUGUUGGCCAAGAUUGCGGGCUGCUGGAAGAGGUUUGUGGCUGGAUAAAUGCGAAAGCUACUGUUCCUGUGUGGGCGAAGAUGACUCCUAACAUUACUGACAUUACUGAGCCGGCGAGGGUGGCUCUGAGAUCUGGAUGCGAGGGGAUAGCUGCUAUUAACACAAUCAUGAGUGUUAUGGGAAUCAAUCUCAAG